AUGAAAAACAUUUCGAUUUUUUCUCUUAUUUUACAUAGAAUGGAUUUGCCUGGACCAAUACAUGAUUUUCUUUUAGUCUUUCUGGGCUUAGGUCUUAUCUUAGGAAGUAUAGGAGUAGUAUUAUUUACCAACCCAAUUUAUUCUGCCUUUUCGUUGGGAUUUGUUCUUGUUUGUAUAUCAUUAUUUUAUAUUCUAUUAAAUUCGUAUUUUGUAGCUGCUGCACAACUCCUUAUUUACGUGGGGGCUAUAAAUGUUUUAAUUCUAUUUGCUGUGAUGUUCAUGAAUGGUUCAGAAUAUUACAAAGAUUUUCAUCUUUUGACCCUUGGGGAUGGGGUUACUUUGCUGGUUUGUACAAGUAUUUUUGGUUUACUAAUGACUACUAUUACAGAUACGUCAUGGUACGGGAUUAUUUGGACUACAAGAUCAAACCAGAUUAUAGAGCACGAUUUGCUAAGUAAUAGUCAACAAAUUGGAAUUCAUUUAUCAACAGAUUUUUUUCUUCCGUUUGAAUUCAUUUCGAUAAUUCUUUUAGUUGCUUUGAUAGGGGCAAUUGCCGUGGCGCGCCAGUAAAAAAUCUCUAAAAUUAGCAACAGCAAUCAAAAUAAAACGGAAUUCUCUGUUAUCACAUUUAUUUGUUAUCCCAUUCAGUUUUUUCCUUCAAUAUGUCUAAAAUAGAAAUUUUUAUUUGAUCUAUUACCAAUAUAUUUCUUUGUUCCGUACUUUUUCUAUUCUAGUCAAUCGAAUCCCUUGCAUUCUUGGUCAUAGUCUAUUGAAAUGAAUUAAAAUUGAUAAGGAGUUGGUCAAUGAUGCUCGAACAUGUACUUGUUUUGAGUGCCUACUUAUUUUCUAUCGGUAUCUAUGGAUUGAUCACCAGCCGAAAUAUGGUUAGAGCUCUUAUGUGUCUUGAACUUAUACUGAAUGCGGUUAAUAUGAAUUUCGUAACAUUUUCGGAUUUUUUUGAUAGUCGCCAAUUAAAAGGAAAUAUUUUCUCCAUUUUUGUUAUAGCCAUUGCAGCGGCUGAAGCAGCUAUUGGACCAGCUAUUGUUUCGUCAAUUUAUCGUAACAGAAAAUCAACUCGUAUCAACCAAUCGAAUUUGUUGAAUAAGUAGUAUCACUGAUCCGUAGUAUUAACCAUAGAAAUUAGAAUAUUCCUAAAUUCUAAUUAGUGUGUAUUAUACAUAAUGUAUGAUCAUGUUUGCGAAAAUAUAAGAAAUCAAAGGAUCUUAGCUCUAUCACAUGACUCGGUCUGGAAGUAGAUUGAUUAGAAUAAUUCUGGUAAAUGUAAAUCAUUGAUUCAUCUGGUAUCUAAAUAUAUGAUUCAUUUCAAAAAAAGAAAUUUACUAGAUCGAAAAUUUCUGAUUAAAAACAAUUAUAAAUCCAAUGUCACAUUCAGUAAAGAUUUAUGAUACGUGUAUAGGGUGUACUCAAUGUGUCCGAGCCUGCCCCACAGAUGUAUUAGAAAUGAUACCUUGGGACGGGUGUAAAGCUAAGCAAAUUGCUUCUGCUCCAAGAACAGAGGACUGUGUGGGUUGUAAGAGAUGUGAAUCCGCCUGCCCGACGGAUUUCUUGAGUGUUCGAGUUUAUUUGUGGCAUGAAACAACUCGAAGCAUGGGUCUAGCUUAUUAAUACGUUCAAAAAAGCCCUACUGGCUUGAAUACAAUUCUUUUUUUUUUUUUUACUUUUAUCGACAAAAACCCGCGCUCAAAAUAAUAUAUUUUUUUUGAGAACGGGUUUUUCUAGUCUAUUUUUCUGGUCCAAGUGUAUCUUGUUUUUACCAUGAAUUAUUUUCCUUGGUUAACGAUAAUUGUAGUUUUUCCAAUAUUUGCGGGUUCCCUAAUUUUCUUUCUUCCCCAUAGAGGCAAUAAGGUAAUUAGGUGGUAUACUCUUUGUAUAUGUAUAUUAGAACUCCUUCUAAUAACCUAUGCAUUCGGUUAUUUUUUCCAAUUGGACGAUCCAUUAAUCCAACUCACAGAGGAUUAUAAAUGGAUCGAUUUUUUUAAUUUUUCUUGGAGGUUGGGAAUAGAUGGAAUUUCUAUAGGACCCAUUUUGUUGACGGGGUUUAUCACGACUUUAGCUACCUUAGCGGCUCGGCCAGUUACUCGAGAGUGCCGAUUAUUCCAUUUUCUGAUGUUAGCAAUGUAUAGCGGUCAAAUAGGACCUUUUUCUUCUCAAGAUCUUUUACUUUUUUUCAUCAUGUGGGAAUUAGAAUUAAUUCCAGUUUAUCUACUUCUAUCUAUGUGGGGAGGAAAGAAACGUUUGUAUUCAGCUACAAAAUUUAUUUUGUAUACUGCAGGAAGUUCCGCUUUUUUAUUAAUGGGAAUUCUAGGUGUUUGUUUAUAUGGUUCUAAUGAACCAACAUUAAAUUUUGAAACAUCAGCUAAUCAAUCGUAUCCUGUAGCACUCGAAAUGCUAUUCUAUAUUGGAUUUUUUAUUGCUUUUGCUGUCAAAUUGCCGAUUAUACCCUUACAUACAUGGUUACCGGACACUCAUGGAGAGGCACAUUACAGUACUUGUAUGCUUCUAGCUGGAAUCUUAUUAAAGAUGGGGGCGUAUGGAUUGGUUCGAUUCAAUAUGGAAUUAUUACCCCACGCCCAUUCUAUAUUUUCUCCUUGGUUAAUCAUAGUCGGCACAAUUCAAAUAAUCUAUGCAGCUUUAACAUCCCCAGGGCAGCGUAAUUUAAAAAAAAGAAUAGCUUAUUCCUCUGUAUCUCAUAUGGGUUUCAUAAUUAUCGGACUUAGUUCUAUAAGCGAUGCAGGACUCAACGGAGCCAUUUUACAAAUAAUAUCUCACGGCUUUAUUGGCGCCGCGCUUUUUUUCUUGGCAGGAACGAGUUAUGAUAGAAUACGUCUUGUUUAUCUCGAUGAAAUGGGCGGAAUGGCUAUCACAAUUCCAAAAAUAUUUACAACUUUCAGUAUCUUAUCAAUGGCUUCUCUUGCAUUACCGGGCAUGAGCGGUUUUAUUGCAGAAUUUAUAGUAUUUUUAGGAAUACUUACUAGCCAAAAAUUUCUUUUAAUGACAAAAAUAUUCAUUACUUUUGUAAUGGCAAUUGGAAUCAUAUUAACUCCUAUUUAUUCAUUAUCUAUGUUACGACAGAUGUUCUAUGGAUAUAGGCUUUUUAAUGCACCAAACUCUUAUUUUGUUGAUUCUGGACCGCGAGAAUUAUUUGUUUCGAUCUGUAUUUUAUUACCUAUAAUAGCUAUUGGUAUUUAUCCGGAUUUCGUUUUUUCACUAUCCGUCGAUAAAGUCGAAGCUCUUUUAUCUAAUUAUUUUUAUCCAUAGUUUUUUUGAAAAUUUAAAAAAGUUUGUUGGUUUUGUACACUUUAAAAUAAGUUCUUUAUUCUUCGCUUAAGUUUGAAUAAAAUAAAUAGAAAUUCUAUUCUAAUCAGGUAUGUAAUCCAGCGCGAACUCUUUGAAUUACUUCAUUUCCAUUAAAGGGUUCGGGUUCGCACUGGAUUACACCAAGUUUUCGUAUAUACACUUAUUCCGUCCUAUGUUUAUUUUGUAUUUGUCAAGUCCUUUCUUCAGUUAGGAAAUAAACCAUAACUAUGCAACCCUAUUCCUAAUAAAUUAACCCCAAAAUAACAUACCCAAAUUAUAAGAAAACCUAUUGAGGCUACAAUUGCGGAAUUUACACUUUCAAAAUUUUUAUUUGUUCUAGUAUGUAAAUAAAUUGCAAAUACGGUCCAAGUAAUAAAUGCCCAAGUCUCCUUUGGAUCCCAAUUCCAAUAGGAUCCCCAUGCUUCAUUAGCCCAUACUGCGCCUGAAAGAAUACCUAUGGUUAAAAAGAUAAACCCUAGACUAAUAAUACGAUAACUCCAAAGAUCCAAUUGUUGAACCAAUUGAAACCUGUAAUAAUUCCUAGAAGAAAGAAAAGAAGUCUUUUGUAAAAUAUUUUUUUUUUCUCUCACGUAUUCAAUCUCGCUCCAAGAAAAAGACUCAUUUACUAAAUUAUUACUUUGACUAAGAAUUCUUAUGAAUUUUCGAAAUGUAAUGACUAGAAGAGCUAGUGAUAAUAAUGAUCCGCAUAAAAGAGCUGCAUAGCUCAAUACCAUCAUACUUACGUGCAUCAUUAACCAAUGGGAUUGAAGAGCGGGUACUAAUAUUUCGGAUUGAUUCAUUUCAUUUAAAAGACCCGAAGUAGCAAAACCUUGGGUAAAAUUAACACUCGGCGCGGUUAUUACGUUUAAAUUGAAAUAGUUUUUAUAUUUUUUAAAAAGCGGAACCAUAUAAAUAAUGGAGAAACUCCAUGAAAGAAAGAUUAAUGAUUCAUAUAAAUUACUUAAUGGUAAAUGUCCCCAAUAAAUCCAACGAGUAACUAAUAAUCCUGUUAUACAGCAAAAAGUAGCUAUCAUCCCUUUUUCGGAGGAAUCAUAUAGUCCUAUGAUUUCAUCGACUAACAAGGUUAUCAAUUGAAUUGUAAUUACAAUUGAAACGACCGAAAAGGAUAUAUGAAGUAAUAUAUGCUCGAAAGUUGAAAAUAUCAUAAAAAAGUUUCUCAAUUAUAGGAUAAUAAUAGAAAUCGGGAAUUGAAUUCAGUAUAGGAUUUCCUUUUGUACUUUUUAGAAAAUGCCAUGCCGCUACUCGGACUCGAACCGAGAUGCUCUAGCACUGCUUCCUAAGAGCAGCGUGUCUACCGAUUUCACCAUAGCGGCUUGUUCGAAAUCAUAAUAACCUAACAACCUAUUUUUAUUCAAUCGUCCACUUGGUAUAUUUUUUCUUUGAGGGUCCUUUUAUUUAAUUUAACAAUGGUGUUUUUAAAAAUUUCUUAUUUUAUACUUGAAUAGAAUCUAAUUGUUAUAAUUUACUUGAUAGUUAUGACUUUAAUUCAUAGAUAGCAUCAAAAACGUUCUUUAUUAAUGAGUUUCAACGACCUAUUAGUUUUGACUACAAAUUAUAUAUAUAUGCUCUUCUAUACUCUAAUUUCUAUGUUAGUCUAAGAAAUAUUUAAAAUUUAAAUAGUAUAAAAUAAUAGAAAAAUAAUAUAAAUAAAAGAGAAAUCAUUUUUAUUUUUAUUAUCGAAUUGAUGGGGAUUCUUAUUUUCCCCAUCCUAAAAAUGAGAAAGCAUAUUCAAAAGAGUAGACAAAGGAAUUCUUAGUUUUUUUUAUAAAAAAGGAAACAAAUUGAAUUUAAUAUUAUAUUGUUGUUGAUCAGUUCAAAACAAAACAUAAAACAUUAAAGAAUAUAAAUAGAAUAUAAAUUUGUCCUUUUAGAAAUCUUUGAACAUAUAUUUUUUUUUUAGUUUUUAUAUUUUUUUAUAGAUUUCUAUCUAAUAGAAUUUGUCGUUUUUUUUUUUAUUCUAUUUUAAAAGGAAAGGAAUAAAUAUAUAAAUAAAGUGAAGUAUUAUUAUAAUUCUUAGAAUUUUUUUCUAAUGUCUUUCGAAGUUUUCGAGUUGUAAAUUAAAAAUUAUGCUUAUUUUUUUUUUUCGAGUCAGAACAACAAAGAUUAUGCCAAUUUUGUAUUAUUUAUUUGGCGUAUAAAAGAAACUUUUUGAAUUUCUUGUAGAAAGAGAUUUACCUAAAGAAAAAGCUUUUAAUGCUGCCCAAUAUCCUUUCUUUUUCCAAAUAUUUUUACGAAUCCGCUUUUUUGAUAUAGAAGUACGUUUUUUUGGAACUGCCAUUCAAAAAUUAGAAUGAAAUAUUUAAUUCGUGAAUUUUAAUAUAUUUUAAUAUAAUUAAUAUAAUUUUAAGUACUUUUUUUUUUCAAUUCUUUUUUUUUUCAAUUAAAAAAAGGAAUCAUAUCAUUUGACCUAUUUUAACCUCUUACUUUUUCAAUAUAAUAUUUCAAAGAGUUGAAAAUAUAAUAUUUCAAAGAGUUGAAAAAGAUUCAGAAUCAUUUAGACUAGAAAAUUCUAUAUUUAGACUAGAAAAUUCUAUAUAUUGUAUAUUUUUAUUUUUUAUUAACUGAUUCCUUUCAUUUCAAAAGAAAUAAUAACCGGUAAAUCAGAAAAAAUUAAUUUAAUUAAGAUAAAAAAAUUUAUUUAUUUUUAUGGAAUCUACAUAUCAGUAUUCAUGGAUUAUACCUUUUAUUCCACUUCCAGUUCCGAUAUUAAUCGGAGUAGGACUCCUACUAUUUCCAACGGCAACAAAAAAUUUGCGCCGUAUGUGGGUUUUUCCUAGUGUUUUAUUGUUAAGUAUAGUUAUGGUUUUUUCAAUCUAUCUAUCUAUUCAACAAAUAAAUAACCCUUCUAUUUAUCUAUCUAUAUGGUCUUGGACUAUAAAUAAUGACUUUUCGUUAGAAGUUGGAUAUUUGGUUGACCCGCUUACUUCUAUUAUGUUAAUCUUAAUUACGACUGUUGGAAUUAUGGUUCUUAUUUAUAGUGACAAUUAUAUGUCUCAUGAUCAGGGAUAUUUGAGAUUUUUUGCUUAUAUGAGUUUUUUCAAUACUUCAAUGGUGGGAUUAGUUACUAGUUCGAAUAUGAUACAAAUUUAUUUUUUUUGGGAAUUGGUUGGAAUGUGUUCGUAUUUAUUAAUAGGUUUUUGGUUCACACGACCUACUGCGGCGAAUGCUUGUCAAAAAGCGUUUAUAACUAAUCGCGUGGGGGAUUUUGGUUUAUUAUUAGGAAUUUUAGGUUUUUAUUGGAUAACGGGAAGUUUAGAAUUUCGGGAUUUGUUUCAAAUAUUCAAUGACUUGGUUUCUAAUAAUCAAGUAAAUUUUUUAUUUGUUACUUUGUGUGCCUUUCUAUUAUUUUCUGGUGCAAUUGCUAAAUCUGCCCAAUUUCCUCUUCAUGUAUGGUUACCUGAUGCUAUGGAAGGACCCACCCCUAUCUCAGCUCUUAUACAUGCAGCUACUAUGGUCGCAGCCGGAAUUUUUCUUGUAGCUCGGCUACUUCCGCUUUUCAUAGUUAUACCUUACAUAAUGAAUAUAAUAGCUUUGAUAGGUAUAAUAACAUUAUUUUUCGGCGCUACUUUAGCUCUUGCUCAAAAAGAUAUUAAGAGAGGUUUAGCGUAUUCUACAAUGUCUCAAUUGGGUUAUAUGAUGCUGGCUCUAGGUAUGGGGUCUUAUCGAACUGCUUUGUUUCAUUUGAUUACUCACGCUUAUUCUAAAGCGCUGUUGUUUUUAGGAUCUGGAUCCAUUAUUCAUUCAAUGGAAACUAUUGUUGGAUAUUCCCCAAAUAAAAGCCAGAAUCUGGUUCUUAUGGGGGGUUUAAGAAAACACGUACCAAUUACAAAAACAUCUUUUUUAUUAGGUACCCUUUCUCUUUGUGGUAUUCCACCUCUUGGCUGUUUUUGGUCAAAAGAUGAAAUUCUUACUGAUAGUUGGUUGUAUUCACCCAUUUUUGCAAUAAUAGCUUGUUCCACAGCGGGAUUAACCGCAUUUUAUAUGUUUCGGAUUUAUUUACUAACUUUUGAGGGCCAUUUAAAUGUUCAGUUUCAAACUUACAGUGGCAAAAAAAAUAGUUUGGUCUAUUCAAUAUCUUUAUGGGGUAGCGAAGGGCAAAAGAAGAUUAAAACAAAUUUUCGCUUAGUACCUUUAUUAACAAUGAAAAAUAAUGAAAAGACU